CUUGUACGUAUGGUGGUGGUGGCCGAGCAUUUUUACGACACGAUGGAAACUAACGCAACGCCCCGCGUUUGGUGACGCGUAUCACACGGUAUCUUUCUUCGUGGCACCUAAAAGCAUAGCUCACCGUUUUCUCUACCGGUUCGACUCCAACUACACAACCGAUUACUUUUUUGUAGAUGGAGACUUUAUGCAGGUAAUGCAAGGUCAGCAACACUUGGAUAUAAGGCGCAACAUUUACCUUCUGCCAAAGGAGUACACACCAGGAAGAGAGGCAAAGGCCGAGUACAUUGUAGACGUCAAAAAAUCUCUAUCACUAGAGAGAAACGAAACCUUGGGCUCUUCAAUCUGCCAGUUCCAAAAUCGUGAUGUCUACACCAAUUUCAUUGAUUUGGAACCGGAUGCUAUUGAUGGAGUGUACAGGUGUCAUUGUGAUUUUCAAGGUCCUUUGCCGUAUUAUGGGUCUCCUGUUGGUGGUGUAAUUUCUCCAAAUUAUUGCUCCUCGUUCCCAUCCACCCCCUACUUUUCAUCACCUAAAAGCUCUUACAACUUUUUCUCAACCAUUGUCCCAACAAAAUCAUACGUGAAAUACACAGCCAAUAUCACCAUGUACUUCUACGACAAACUGAAGCUACUGAAGCACGCACAGUACAAGUGCACAAUUCGUGAUACCGACACUUGUUCCUUCACCAUACCACAACAAUACUGGUACUUUGAUCCACAACUUAUUAUUGCAUACAUCCACCCAAAGGCUGGUUCCUAUGCACUCACUACUACUAUCACUGUUGAUUCUGAUGUCGCCCUUCUUGAGAAUGUUGCACGCUCAAUCCUCUGCCUACUCAUCCCUGCCUUCUUGAUAAAGACACUCUUUAUUUAGCUAUCUAGACUUCUAUCUACAAAUGCAGAACACCCAAAUGUGGGCGAUGUACUAUUGUAUUAUGAGUAGAGUUUCAAUGAUGGUGUAUAGUAUACGUAGCUCUACGGCUCAGCGAAGCCUGCUCCAUUUUCACGCCACGCCCUCAGAAGGGAGUGUUUGGGUGGUCAAUGGUAUAGCUAUGGGAGUUGGUAAGACUGAACUGUGCAUGCUGGCAGUCAUUGUUGCCUCGGCACUGUAUCUUUACCUUGGCAAGGACGACGAGCACAACUUGCCGAUUCACCUCUCCGACGACGACAUCCCUGUAGACCCGCCCGACUACAAUCCGGCGGAAGAACAUGGCGUCCGUGUUUGCAAAUCAAAUGGGCACGCUCCAAACGUUUUUGUCCUUGAUUUGACAUAUUCGGUGUUUCCAGACGAGAAAAUUGGCGAUGAUAUCUUGCAAGACCUUUUUGAGUACUGCAGCUGCACACAUUGGGGAGGUGACUGCUACGAGUGGACGUUGGUAAUCGACGAACUGGACUUCGUCAAAACUAAACGAGGGUCGUGCGGGAACACUGUGAAAUAUUCCCCUGUCUAUAAGAACGCGACUAACCCCGUCGGAAACUCCACAGUUGCCAAGGUGUAUGUGCGGGAAGGGGGAUCGUUCGACGUUCUGCCGCUGGACUGCGUCUACGACACCGUCAACGCGGUUUUGGAGAAUGCCCUAAGUAGCACAGAGAGUGAAUACAUAGAGGUCGUCACCGUUUUGGCAAACGAAAUAGAGAAAGUAACAAGCACUUGUGUAACUGCGAACAUGAAACCACAGUAAAACCCAGCAUGUCAUUGCGCAUGCGCAGUGCGACAGCGGGAUUCUGCGCGCACAGCACAGAGCUUCCUAAGAUGGCACCGAAGUGGGUGGUCGACGUAAGAGACAAACUGAGCAGGCACGACGGUUUUCAACUGCUAAAGACCCUCUAUUACAAGGACGGAAUCCCGGAGCGCGAGCUGGACGGAGCAAGCGAUGUUUUUAGAGUUUACAAGCUUUCCAAAAGAUAUAGCAACAACGACGACGGUGCUGCUGUGGCUCUUCUCUUUUACCGACUGAGCCUUCUUGUGCCCCGCUCCGUGUAUCCCGGGGAAGUCAGCGCCGCUGCACUCGAUCCCGAGAAGUUACGGCGGGCCAAGGACCUUGGUGCUGAAGAUUGCCUGGACCAUUUUGCAAAGUGUGGGCUCUCGAAGCCGGCAGAACCUUCGAUCCCUCCUGAGGCGCGGUUACCAGAGUGCUUCGCGAUUACGUACGUAAAUUUGAGCCCGCGGAUGCGGAGGGACUUCAAGGAGCAGUUGUCGAUAGUUGUCGGUGUGUACCGCGAGAAGCAAUUGGAUCUCUUCAACUUGUUUUGUCGCCUCUCGCACGGCAGCGGCGAGACUACCGCCGACAGGUUUAUCGAAGCGCUCAACAACGCUCAAGUCCCCUCUCCGAUUUUUGAGGAACUUCAAGACCAGCUUGAUAGCCACCAUAUUCAAUACACACCAAUUGCAAUAGAGACAUUGAAGACAAGGGAAGAAACUAAGGAGGACUAUUAUAGUAGUGAAACAAGGCCACUAAUAAAUAUUACUAAAACUUAUCAUCGUGGACCUUGUGCAGAAGUGUGCACGGUAUCGAGGGUCACAUGUUGUCUCAUUCCCAUCAUACCCCUCGCUCUAUUUGCAAUAGCCGUCACGGUGUCCACACCAAUUAUUAACAACAUCCAUUCCAAAAGUGAGGUGGAGCAGUUUGAGACCUCAGGAAAUCUGUAUGAACCAGACACCCAGUGCUCUACUCGGGAUCUACUACCUCCUAUAAUACAUCUUGGAACCUUUUCUAGCGAAUGGUAUGAUGGUUUCUUCAUUAAACAAGACCUGCCAGAUAAGAACAUGUAUGAAUACAAAAAUUUAGACGUAUAUAUCGUUCAAUCUCACAAAGUAGUGGAGCGUUCGAUGCCAUUUAACUGUGAAGCUAUCGAUACGAAUAACGGCAUUGAAUUGGAGCUGAGCGGCGUAUAUUUUUUGAGUGGAACAAACGUGUCAUUCAACAUUUGCAUUCGCUCAGUAGAUGUAGUCAAAGAUGGAUGGGUGGAUAUGGCGUUUUACAGCAAUCGCCCAAGUUAUGACCAAAACGAUAAUAACACUGUGAACUAUCAUCGCUUUCUUAUUGGUCCCAACCAAACUAAGUGUUAUUCAUAUACCUACACGGCUCCAUUUGACAGUUUCUACUAUAUCCGUAUGGGAACUAACUCUCAAUGCAGCAGUGCAAAUGUUACGGCUAUCUCGUUUAAAAUGAAUGCCGACAUGAGGUAUGUAAAUGAAAGUGAUCAAUGGUUAAUGAACUCUGAUGAAAAGAGGGCCUGCAAUCGUUCAGACUAUUCCAGCGAGAAGGAAUGCAAGUUCACGUUUCCGAGUAGCUCAUUUUCGAAAACGCAAGAAUAUGACAUAUUCGCCAAAGUAACGUCUUUCACUUUCCACAGUGAUUUUGGACACUUGUCAAUUCAGCCCAUGUUCCGCAGGGAGUCACUUGCUUUACCAACCAUUGGAGGAGUAGUUGUUCUUGUGCCAGUUGAAAUCACACUUAUUAUUGUGGUUUGUUGUUGUGUCUGCAAAAGUAAGCAGAGAACUCGGAACCUAAGCUUUAUUGAGGAUGGGGAGAAUAUUAAGGAUUAUGGUGCUAUACAAUAGUAACAUUGUGUAAAAUUUAAUAGGGAAUAUUUGACUUGUUUUGUAUAUGUGAUCUGUAGA